AAGGCGAUUCAAAAUGACAACUUUUUCACAAAAAAUGAACUUUUUCAACUUGACUUUUGAAAAUGUUCCGGAAGAAUAAAUUCACAGCAUAUGCCAUCAUUAUAUGUAUAGCGUUUCAGUUAUUCAACUUGGAAUCAGUGGACGGCAAUAAAAAUGCCAAAAAUUGUCAAUGGUGUAAGAAACCUGCAAAAAUAUCUACACGUCCUUGUCGUCACAACUUAUGUGUUGAUUGUGCAGCAUUUAUUAACAAGGAUAGAAACAACAUGUGUCCAUUUUCUGGCUGUGAAAAAUAUACAAUUUUAUCUUAUGAAAGAUUUGACGAACAUGGUUUGUGUACAAAAUGUGAAAAAGAAGCAUCAUCAGUCACAAUAAUUCCAUGUUUUCAUAGAGUUGGAAAUUUGUGUUCCAACAAUCAUGAUUUGGGAGAACAAAAUAAACUAUGCAUAAUUUGUGAUACACCCUUUCGAAAGUAUUUAAAUAAAUAUGAAAUAGAAAAUAAAUGCAUUAACUGUCAAAAAGAAUAUCCAAUGAUAAUUAUGAGACCUUGCAAUCAUCGCAUUGGUCCAGAAUGCUAUAAGCAAUAUAUGAAGUCCGAAAAGUGUCCAAAAUGUAAUAUAGAAGUAAAAUUAAUUUCAUAUAAUGAAAAAGAGUGUUCUAUUUGUGGAGAAACAGAUAGAAAAUUCGUGACUUUAAUUCCUUGUUUACAUAAAAUUUGUAAUCUUUGCGCAAACAAUUUAAUGUUAAAUGAAAUUUUAUUUUGUCCAUUCUGCAAAUUUGAACUGCUUCAAUAUGUAUUACUUAUGGCUAACUUUAUAAAAAGAUGUAUAUGUAGAAAAGAGUUACAAGAAGUAACCGUGCACCCUUGUAAACAUAAAGUUGGAGUUAAUUGUGCUGAGAAAAGUUGGGAAAAAGCAUUUGUCGCACCCAAAUGCCCAGAAUGUGACGAAUACAUUAAAUAUUUUGAUAUAGAUGAUGAAAAUUUGAGAAAAAAGCUUAAUCCGGAGAGAUUUAAUCAUUUUAUGUCCCGUUUAAAAACAUACAUUCGUUUUUCUCAUUCAACAACAGGAAAUCUACCUGCACAAUAGUAUAUCUUUCAGAAUUUUAUUAAAAAAUUAAAAUAUAUAAUACUACAUGAUUAAUUUAAAGCAAAAAUUAAUAUUAUAAUUAAUUACAUUUAUUACUGUUA